AUGACUGACUGGUUAAAUGUUGAUUCUGGAUUGAAACAAGGUUGUGUUUUAUCAUCUAUAAUGUUUAAUAUAUAUAUAAAUAAUUUGGUUGAUGACAUUAAUGCUUUGAAUAUUGGUAUUAACAUAGAUGAUGAAAAAUUAGCUAUAUUGUUAUAUGCUGAUGAUGUUAUUUUAAUGGCAGAGAAUGAAGAAGAUCUACAAAAAAUGUUGAAUGUGCUUAAUACAUGGUGUCUCAAUAAUGAGCUGACAGUUAAUAUAAAUAAAUCUAAGAUCAUGCAUUUUAGAAAUCCAGCUGUUCUACAAACUAAAUGUAUUUUUUCUAUUGGUGGUAAUAGUAUAGAAUGUGUAAAAUGUUAUCAAUAUUUAGGCUUAUUACUUACUGAAUAUUUAGAUUAUCAGUUAAUGGCUAAGGCAGUAGCGAAGUCAGCCAGUAGAGCAUUAGGAUUAUUAAUUGUAAAGAGUAAAAUGCAUGGUGGUUUCCAGCACAAAUUUUUUUCUAAACUGUAUGAUACAAUGGUAUGGUCAGUUAUUAGUUAUGGCGCAGGUAUUUGGGGAACAAGAGACUUUUCCUGCAUAAAUGCAGUCCAAAACAGGGCCAUGAGAUUUUUCAUGGGUAUUGGCAAAUACACACCAAAUGAUGCCAUAGCUGGUGAUAUGGGCUGGAAACCUCCAUGCAACAGAAGUUCAUUUGCUAAAUUUAGAAGUGGGGUAGCUCCACUUAAACUAGAAACUGGAAGAUAUGAAAAGAAAGAAGUCCACGAGAGGACAUGUUUUAACUGUAGCUCUAUUGUUGAAGAUGAAAUGCAUAAAGCAUUCCAAAUUUAA